GCCCCCCGGGGAGGAGGGGUGGGGCAACUCUUUCCUGUCGUCAUUUCCGGCUCCCUGUCACUCCCGAGCUAACAGCAGAGUGUGCGGCCGCAGGAACGGAGCGAUGCCCAAAUCAAAGGAACUUGUUUCUUCAAGCUCAUCUGGGAGUGAUUCUGACAGUGAAAUUGACAAAAAGGCAAAGAGGAAAAAGCAAGCUCUUCCAGAAAAACCCAUUAAGAAGCAAAAGACAGGAGAAAGUUCCAAAGCACCAGCUUCAUCCAAGCAAAGCAGCAGCCGAGAUGAUCAUAUGUUCCAGAUUGGAAAAAUGAGAUAUGUCAGUGUUCGGGACUUCAAAGGAAAAGUCCUAAUUGAUAUUAGAGAAUACUGGAUGGAUCAAGAAGGUGAAAUGAAACCUGGUAGGAAAGGUAUUUCUUUAAAUCCAGAACAAUGGAGCCAGCUGAAGGAACAGAUUUCUGAUAUUGAUGAUGCAGUAAGAAAACUGUAAAAUCAGAGCCAUAUAAAACCUGUACUGUUUUAGUUGUUUUAAUCAGUCUUUUUACAUUGGCUUUUGUUUUCUAAACUAUUUGUUUUCCAAGCUAUUGUAUAUUUGGAUUGCAAAACAAUUUGUAAGAUGAAUCCUUUUUUUUAAAUGUGCAUUAAAGGUGUAUUCUGAGUGAAGCUAAUUGUCUAUACUUUAUUAAAAAGGUAUGCUUUACAUCCACCACCUGGUGUGAAAUAAAAUCAAGUAAUAAAAUCUAACUUUGUGGCCUUUUUUGAUGAGAAGUGUUGGUUACCGGAAAGGCUAGUAUUUGCAAUUUGUGUAUCUUUUAGUUUCAGUUCAACUGAUGUUAAAGGAGACAUUGAAUAGCAUUGAAUUUAACAAUAAACAUUUGAUUUGUGAAA